AUCCUCAUUUUUGCAGAGAGGACGCUUAAGAAUGGAACACCCUGAGAACAUCACGGAAAUUGUGAAUGACAUAGCGGUGAUUGCUGACGAUCUAUCUGAGGAUGAAACUGAACAACAGACGAUGGGAUAUCUACACCAGCUUCAAAGGAUGACAAAGGAUCCUAUUACUCUGGGGAAACAAACAGCUUGGAGAUUCCGUCAAACGGCUGAUACACUUGAUUUCUUGUGGAUAAAUUGCAAGAAAGCACAUAUUGCAGGAACGUCUGCUGGAAUACUGGGAGGGGCUCUAACAAUUGGUGGAGGAAUUGCAACAGUGAUGUCAGCAGGAGCCGCCACGCCACUGUUGCUAAUUGGGCUUGGUUUUGGAUUUGCUGGUGCCGGCACAAAUAUAGCCCUAAGCUUCAUAGAGGCGGCUGUGAACUCAAACGAAAUCAAGAAAGCGGAAAAGGAAUGGAAGGAAACUUUAGAUCGCCUAAGGAACAUGGAAAGAAGCCUACAGGAAUGGAUGAAAAAGUCAGGGAAGCUCUCGCUCAAAAUACGUCACCUUGUACGAAGACUUACUUCCAACGGUGUGGCAUCAUUCUGUGCUAAGGCAGGAGUACAACUGGCUGAUGAAGUACUAGGAGCGACGGCUAAAGCAAGCGCACAAGCUGUAGAUGAUGUAGCAGGAGCAGGUACUAAAGCAGGAGCCAAAGCUCUAGGUAAAGUGAUUAUUGGUGUCAGUGCUGUUUUCCUGGUGGUGGAUGUCAUAGAUCUGGGCUUCACGAUCAAUGAUUUAGUUGAGAAAAAGGGCUCGGAUGCGGCGACGUUUUUGAGAGCAAAGGCAGACCAACUCGACCAAAUAUGUUCUGUAUGCUAAAUGGAAAGAUACAUGUAUUUCAUCGCAUACUCAGGAACACUGCUGAAAACCUUCAUACUUGACUUCGAGUUUGACUCUUUACGGAUGUCAGUUAAACGUUAGCGUGUGAACUUACUUUCCACAGUUUUUAAUUCUUAGAGUCAAUUAAAAGUCCGCUUAUAGAUGAUAUAUUUUAAACAUUUGCCAAAUGUGUGUACCAAUGAGUUGGCUUAGUAGGUGAAAGAAUAACGGGUCGUUAUUGCUUUAAGUGUUUGCUAGCGUCUUGUUUUGGUAGGUUUACAAGACUAUAGGGGAAUCCUUGUUUACAAUAUUUGCCUCAUAAGUAAUUCAGUUUCUGAUGGAGCU